GCAGCACUCGGAAGUGACGUCAUGUGUUGUGAAUUGAGAGGGAGUUCGUAUGCGUGUUCGCGGAUUACGGGAAUCAAAAACAUAUUCUCAUAUAAAACUGUUAUCAGAAAACUGCACCGCUAGUUGGGUUGGACUUCGUUUUUAGGUUUAAUGACAUCACAGACAGGUGUAUAACUAGAAGAUCAUGCCUGAAAUCAAAGUCAAGCAUGUUGUAUCCUGCAGCAGUGAGGAUAAUACUCACAAAGCAGACAACCUCUUGAGCUCUGACACUUACAGGAAGUGGAAAGCUGCAAGACCCGGAGAGAAACAAGUUUCAGUCAUUCUUCAAUUUGAAAAGGAAGAGCAGAUUCACAGUAUAGAUAUUGGGAAUGAAGGUUCUGCGUUCGUUGAAGUCCUUGUCGGUCAUUCCACAUCGGUCAAAGAUCAAGAUUUUGAGGUUCUGUUGGUCACAUCGUCCUUCAUGUCUCCUACAGAGAGUCGAAACAGCACAAACACAAACAGGGUUCGCAUCUUCAGCACAAACCAGCUGGUAAAGGCCACGGCGUCAGAGAAAUGGGACCGUGUGAAAAUAGUCUGUACUCAGCCUUACACCAAGACAACAGCUUAUGGCAUCACCUUUAUAAAGUUUCAUUCACCUCCAGACGGCAGUGAAGAACCGAGCACAUCUCCAGCUAAAUUAACCAAACUGGGUCAGUUUCGAGUUAAAGAUGAGUCUCCGUCCUCUGGCUCCAGUAUUCAACCUGGCAGUCUGUUCUUCAAUAGAGAGAGUUCAUCUAAACCUCCCGCAGGACUUAAAGCAUCUCCUCAGAGCAGCAGGUUGAGUUACGCUACGGCCGCUCUGAAGACUGAAGGUCCGUCUGCUCAGAGUUCGAGCAGCACUGGCACCCAGCAGGCUCCUGUAAAGAGGAAGUUUGAGUUUAGUAAGGAGCGUUUGGAUGCCGUGGGUCCUCCGUCUAAACGACCCACAUCAUCUGAACCCACCCCUGUGACGCCUAAAUCUAAAGCAAACACCAGUCCCUCCACUAAACCUUCUCCAGCCCAGAAGACAGAAGAAAAGAAGCGAGAGAGUCCCAAAUCUAAGCCAGAGCCCAAACCCAAGGCCAAACCGGCUAAAGCAGUGCCUUUAAACCGCAUCAUGGAGGGAGUGGUGUUUGUUCUGAGCGGCUUUCAGAAUCCCUUUCGUGCAGAACUGAGAGAUAAAGCUGUGGCCAUGGGAGCUCGAUAUCGACCCGACUGGACCUCAGACUCCACGCAUCUCAUCUGUGCUUUCUCCAACACACCCAAGUACAGUCAAGUGAAAGCAGCCGGUGGCACAAUCGUCAGGAAAGAGUGGGUACUCGACUGUCACAAACGAAAAGAGAAGAUUCCCUUUAAACGGUAUCUUAUGGAUGGAGCCGAGUCCAGUUCAGAAAGUGAUGAAGAAGAAGAGGAGGAGAGUGAAGAGGAAACAAAAAGAGUAGUGAAAACUCCAGAAAAGAGGGAUGUGACCCCAAAAAAGCAGCCCAUCAAGAAAGAGGAGGAAGAGUAUGAAGCUUCAACAGAUGAAGAAGCCCAAGAGGAAGAUGUGUCUGGCAUGGACACUGAAGAUGAACUGAACAGGGUGGAGAUGGAGAGGAAGAAGAAGGGAAGCGUCGCUGAGGUUAAAGAUGAAGAUCCGUACGGCGGCUCCACUGAUGAGAACACCGACGCUGAGGAAGAGGAAGAUAAACCCAUACCUGAACUUCCAGACUUCUUAACAGGAAAGUUCUUCUAUCUUUACGGCACAUUUCCCGACAACCAGAAGAGACUACUUCAGCGUUACAUCAUCGCCUUUAACGGAGCUGUUGAAGACUACAUGAGCGAGAAGGUGCAGUUUGUUGUCACCAGUCAAGGAUGGGAUGAAUCCUUUGAAGAUGCGCUGAUGGAAAAUGGAAAUCUGAGUUUUGUGAAGCCCUCCUGGAUAUUGGCCAUCAAUGACAGGCAGAAGAUGUUGCCGUAUCAGCCGUACACAGUUGUUCCUUAAAAGACGACAGUAAUCAGAGUAAUGAGCUGAGCAGACCCGAGUCGUCUUAAACCAACAGUUCAACCAAAAAUCAAACUUCUGUCAUCAUUAACUCGUCCUUUAUUUGUUCAUUGUUGGAACAGAACAGAUGUUAAACCGUAUGUCUGAGCUGCUGUUAUAAUAAAGGUGAUUUUAUUUUGUCAUCAAGGUCCAAAAACAACAAAUAAACAAGCAAAUCUAGUCCAAAUAUCUAAAGCCAAGUGAUUCCUCUGGGCUGAUGUUAAACCCUUCAUGUGUUUUCAAGAAUGUUAAUUGAGGUCUGUUCCUCGUGUAAUGAUUUCAUAUGCCUACAGAUGACUGUGUUAUAUAAUUAGAUGGGAUUAUAACCCUAAAAAAGACGAUUAAUGAUGAGUUUUAUUUGUCCUGACAAAGCUCUUAGUUACUCUCUGUCUAUCUUCACAUGAUGUUUAGAAAGUCAUACGAGGUUUGAUGGACAUGAAGAAAGUUAAUGAAUUGUCAGUAACAUCAGCAUGUGAAUCAGACUGAACCACACAGAUCUGAAGAUGAAAGACAUGCUGAUUUAUAUUUAUGAGCGCUCACCACAGACGUCGGUUCACCCGCAAUUAAAAAGUGCAUUUAUUAAGCUGUUUAUGAAUCCUUUAAAUAUUCAUUUUUAAAGACUUGGAGUCUCAGAUCUGACUUUCGCAGAACAUUCAUAUUCAUAUGUAUUUAGUUAAUUAUUCAUAGCUGUUUUAUAUUCAUGGUGGUUGCCCUCAUUACUCUGUUUAAAUCCUGGACGUCUAUCUGUAGGUGUGUCUUUGUGAUUAAUAUUUCAUGAAUAUUCAGAUAAGAGUGCAUUAUUUAGGAAAUAUUAAUAGGAAGUACCUAGACACUUGAUUAAAAAACUUCCUCAUUAAUGACACACAACACAUUCUUGUGGUUUUUUUAAUGUCAUGAGAUUAUUUUAAUAUUUUAUUGGACUUGUGGUUCAUGGUGUUUAUUUUGAAGUUCUGUAGCAUUUUUCAGUGUCAUUUCUUUUGAAAUCGUUCAUAAUAAAGAUUUGAAAAUACA